AUGGGAGCAGUGUGGGAAGGUAAGCAUCAUGGUCUUCCGUGUCGAUCGCAUCUAACCUGUCAGUCCUUCAAUCGCAAGUCCGAUCUCUGUCGCCAUUAUCGCAUCCACACCAAUGAGCGACCUUACCAUUGCACUGUCGCAGACUGCCACAAGAGUUUUAUUCAGCGCAGCGCUCUGACCGUCCACUCAAGGACACACACGGGCGAGAAGCCCCAUGUUUGUGACCAUGAAGGCUGUCAAAAGGCAUUUUCAGAUUCUUCGAGUCUGGCCCGCCAUCGCCGGAUCCACACCGGCAAGCGCCCGUAUAUUUGCCAUGAGCCCACCUGCGAGCGAAGCUUCUGUCGCAAGACCACCCUUACUAAGCACCAACACCGUUCUCACCCGCCCGGAAGCAUGACUCGGCCAUCAUCGGAGGAGGCGAGCUCGGAGCACUCGUACCACCAAACGCCUGUUCCAGUCUCAAUAUCUAAUGAGCAGUAUAUGCUUGCGCAGCAAUCAUAUUACCAGCAGGCUGCUACCCCGACCCACGAGUUCUACUCCCCGCAGAGUGUCCAGAUGGGAUCGGUCCCAGUUCACGAAGCUGCGCCUGCGAUCUUACCGCAAACCAUCCCGGUCGUGAACUCUCCGAUACACAUGCACGCUCAACAUCCAUCGCACCCGCAACUCCCGCAAAUACCGCAUGCGCAUCACCAACAGCAGCAGCAACAACACCAUCAGCAGCAACAGCAACAUCAGCAACAUCAGCAGCAACAACAGCAGCAGCAAUAUAUACAGCAGAUGAUGCAACAACAGCGGUAUGAGCAGAGCCCGCGCACCAACUACAUACCAGCAGCGUAUGAACAAGCGGCUUUCCAGGGCCAGCAACAGCAGCCUCCAGCGCAAUCGCAGCAGCCGAUGUCUGAUCAGCCAAUAAUGGUUCAAUACCAUCCAAACUAUGCGUACAAACCCCCUGGCACCAGGAUCUUAAACCAACCGGCGGGGACUGACUGGGGCUUUCUGGGAGUAGGCUAA